AUUCUCUUCAGGAGAUCGCCGCCGCAAAUAAAAUUGAUUCAAACUCCAGGUAACUCCGUUAAUCUUAUUAGACAUCAGAACUGGAGUGUUUACAAUGUUAAGGAUUUCAUUCUGGUUGGUUAAAAUUAUGAAAAGAAGUCAAUUCAGUCAGUAUUUCUAGUGUACAGAUCUGCAUCAAUGCUCGGGAAUAUCACCAGUUAAUUCAACCACCAGUUAAACCGACACACCGGCUGCUGCGCCUCGGACCCGCGCUCCCCUGGAAGGCAGCGCAGCGCCGGAGCCGGAGCCGGAGCCGCAGAAGCAAUUCCUCCCCCCUUCUGCAGACCCCCCAGAACCAGAGCAGCCGGACACAACUGUUGUUCAAAGCGACACUCUCCCCAACGCCGAGAUCUCUGCAGAGACUUCACAAUGCAAUCGACCCGCCAUCAUACUCACCGCAGAAAACAAAGGACAAACCACAGGGAACGCACACAACAUCCUGAUAGAUUUAUGUGAACUGUUUAUCAUAUCAAACGCUGCUGGACCUUGCAGUAGAUCCAGUGUUGUUCUGUUGUUUGACUGACUGAUGUUUCUUUCAUCCAGAGAACCAAUAAACUGCUACAUCCUCAAGUUCCUGUGAAGCUGUUACCAUGACAACGAACAGCUCGUCCAAAUAUAAUGACAUCAUCUCUAAAAGUGUUCUGAUCCAAUCAGGAUCUCCCGCUGUCUACCAGCUGAAACCAAAGAAAGAGAAGAUUGGAACUCUAACAAGAAUGACUCUUGGUGAAAAAGAUGUGAACAAGACAAACAGAACCAUUUUACUUGUUGGUGAAACAGGAACAGGAAAAUCUACUCUGAUCAACACUCUGGUCAACUACACCAUGGGAGUGAAGUGGGAGGACGAUGUCUGGUUUCAGAUCGUAGAGGACGAGCAGAGAAGUCAGUCAGAGAGUCAGACAUCAGAUGUGAUCGUUUAUGAGAUCUUUGGUUUUGAAGAUAAAACUCUGCCCUACUCUCUGACCAUCAUCAAUACUCCUGGAUACGGAGAUACCAGAGGGAUUGAACAAGAUGACAUCAUCAGUCAGAGAUUAUUUGACUUGUUCCGCUCAGAGGACGGAGUCCAUGAGAUCAAUGUAGUGGGUCUGGUGCUGAAAGCUACAGAAUCUCGACUUAAUGACCGACUGUCAUACAUCUUUAAUUCAGUGGUGUCUCUGUUUGGAAAAGAUGUGGAGAAGAACAUUGUUGCCCUCAUCACUCACUCAAAUGGAAGAAAACCUAAAAAUGUUCUGAAAACCCUCGAGGAUGCAAACAUUAAGUGUGCCACAGAUGAAAAGAAUCAGCCUGUUUACUUCCUGUUUGAUAACUGUCAGGAUGAAGACAGGACAGAGGACACAGAAUACCUUAAACAUGCAGAUAAAAUAUCAACAAAAGGACUGAGACAGUUCACAGACUUUCUGGAAAAAACUAAACCUCAAAAGCUGAAGACAACUGUGGACGUUCUGAAUUCACGAAUCAGACUGACAGCCUGCAUCCAAAACCUGAAAGAGAGAGUUGAGUUUAUUGAACUAAAACAGAAAGAAAUCCAACAGACUGAGGAAGCUCUGAAGAAAUAUGAACAAGAGAUGAAGAACAAUGAGAAGUUCACUGUAGAAGUUGAUGAGGUCUACAAAGAUAAACAACCUAUUGAUGGUGGGAUGUGGUGGUUGGUGUUUUAUGAAGCAGCUGUCUGCUGUACAGUCUGUGAAGAGAACUGUCACUAUCCUGGAUGUACAAUGGCCUGGAAACCAGGACACUGUGAGGUCAUGAAAUGGGGCCACUGCACUUCAUGUACCAGGAAGUGUCCUGUAUCAGAUCAUGUGAAAGAAAAGUGGAUCUAUGUGAACAAGACAAGAAAAGUUCAGGAGACCUCAGAAGAUGUGAAAGAGAAGAAUGAAAAGAACAAGGCAGAAAGAGAAAGAGGAAGAGAUCUAAAAAAGGAAACAGAAGAACUUCAGAAAGAUAAAGAUCAGUGGUUGGAAGAGUCCUUCCAGUAUGUUGUCAGACUGGAGCAGAUCGCCCUGAAUACUGAUUCACUGUCCACUCUUGUCCACUUGGACUUCCUGAUUGAGAAGAUGAAGGAGAAAGGAGACACAGAGAAGGUCCAGAAACUGGAAGAGAUGAAAAGACGAGUGGAUGAAGGAACCAGAGCAGCACUGCGGUAGAAACAAUCAGCAGCUGGUGAAGAAGCAAAGAAGAAGUAGAUUCUUUGAAGUGUGAUGUUGAUGGAAUAACUACCAUUCAUUCCAUUCAGAUAAUCAAGGGCCUAUCAUACAUCUGUAACUGAAAGAGUAACUCCAAGUAGGUUCUCUUAGAGAACACAGGUUUCUCUGCCAUGUGACCAGCUCCCUCCCUACCCUAUAUAUCACAAACUAAUUACAAAGUCAUCUUUCUUUAGUUUCUUUUUGUGGGUUUAAUGUUUUAUUUUUCAUGUAAUUUUCAGUCAGUACAGCUGAUUUACUCUGAUGUUGACACAAAUAUCAGUUAACACAUCCCUGACAUACAUGACAAAUAUACAUAUAAUAUAUACAUAUAAAGUAAUUAAACAUUAUGUUUUUUUCUCGUUUUAAUCAGUUUGUCCAGAAGAUAUUACAGAACUGUAGACAUAUUCUGUUUUGCUGGAGGUUAAAUCUAAUGUACUGUACUGUAAUUUCUUAAUGUGUCUUUAUGCUCGAGUGACUAAUAAAUAUUUCAGAUAACACAGGGUAUGUGGAAACAUUUUGAUCAGUUUAUAUUGUACCAUAGUUUUUAAGAAGCCAUAUUUUU